AUAUUCCUAUGGGCUAAGUUGUUUAUCUUUGCUGAUAUUUGAACAAUCACAAAAUAAGAUAGAUAAUCAAUCUUAUCAGAAUCUGAAUGGAAUGACAUUAAUUCAAAGAUAUAACACUUUCUAAUAAUAAUCACAUUGAGUAGUUUUUGUUUUGUUCAGAAUGAACCACAAUCUUAUGCAAAUUGUACCUAUUAGUAUGUUAAUCAGAACUAAUGUCAUUCAGAUAAUUUUCCUUCAAUACAACUGGACUUUAUAUCUUUCUCAUUGAGUUGAUGGUGAAGAUGAAGAAAUGACUGAGAGAUAAAAAGAGGAAGAAAGAGAGAGAGAGAGAGUAAGAAAAGGGAUUCUCUCUAGUAAAACUAUUAGCUGAGAGAAGCAUUUUCAUGGUAUUCAAUGGAUAUUCAUGAUGAUGGUGAUUAUAAUCGUUCUCAUGAUAAUGUUAUUGAAAAUAUAGAAUUUGGAACUUUCUUUCUUUAUGUAAUUGUAACAAUUAACUUGAUUCUUAUUUGAGAUGUAAUUUGACAGACAAAGUUUCAUUCAAUUUUUUGCUAUUCCAUGUAAUCAGCUGAUCCAUGGCAAUUGAUUUUUACCAUAAUCAUGGUUUGAUAAUCAGAGUAAAUUUCAUCAUCAUAAUGGGAAGGAAUUGUUAUUAUAUAACAAGAAGCAGAAGGAAACUAAAAGAAGAAGAAAAUGCAAGGAUGAUGAAGGAAGAAAAAUUCUCCAUGGCAACGAAAUAUUCAGUUUACAUGAUGAUGAUGAUCAGUGUCACUAACAUGAAAUGAAAUUUCACCUCUUCAUCUUCAUCCUAAGCCACAAUAACAACAGCUUCAGAUGAUAACAAGAUGAUGAGAAUGAUGAUGAUGAGUAAGUGUGUGGUUAUCAUGAAUUUUUUUUCUCUCUCAUGGAAAAAGGAAACUUUCCAUUUUUCUGGAAGAAAAUCAAUAAAAUAGUAAUCUGGUGGUUAAUUGGUAAGGUUUGAAUGGAUUUUACAAUUUAACUAAUUUCCAAUAUAAUUAUCAAGCUUUUCUUGGUAUUCCGUUUGCUGAGCCACCGUUGGGAAUUAAACGAUUCCAAUUACCAGAGUAUUUUAAUUCAACUUGGUUAAAACCAUAUCAGGCCACUUAUUUUCGAGAUGGUUGUGCUCAAAAGUCCUGUUGCCGGUGUUUUAUCAUAUUCAUGGGUCUGGAAAUACUUCAAGUCCAGGAUCAAUGCCGGAUUUUCAGGGUGAAUCUUGACUACGACUCAGAAGAUUAUUGUUGUUAAUUCAAAUUAUCGACUUGGAGCUUUUAGAUUUGCUUUUGGUGAACAUGAUGAAAUGCCAGGUAAUCUCGGCAUUUAUGAUACCCUUAUGGUACUAAAAUGGAUCCACGAUAAUAUAAGGUCAUUUGGUGGAGAUCCUGAUCGUGUAACAUUAACUGGUCUAAGUGCGGGAUCCAAAAUGGUUUCAAUAAUCUCAAGUUUAGCCAUUGUAUUCACGAUUAAUUAUGAUGAGUGGAUCAGCGACUAAUCAAAUUCACAUGGAUUCCCAUGAAACUGGUACUAUGAAGACUAAAUUCUUGGCACGAAAGGUUAAUUGUUUAAGUGUUGGUGAUGAAUUAAAUUCUUCUACUAAAAUUGUCAAUGGAGACAAUUGAUUGUUUGAAGAAAGUAUCAACUGAUGAUCUGGUACAAGCUCAAAUUUCAAAGGAAAUCAAUGGAAUCGGAGCUUCAGAAAUUACAGCUUUUCUACCAGUUUAUGGAACCAAGUUAAUUCCUAAUCCACCAAUGGUUAAUCACGCUAAUCAUAUUGAAGAUAAUCAAAAUGUACCCAUGCUUUUCGGCUCUGAACAAGACGAGGCUUCAAUGUUAAUAACAGAAGCGUAAGGUAAUUAUACAGAUCCAGUGGUGGUGCUUUUUUCACUGUAGAUGAAGAUGUUAAUCCUUAAGAUAAUGGUUGUGAUGGGUAGGUGUUGGUUGAUGGGGAUAAAGCCAAGAAAAAGAUGACACAAAUUAUACCAUAAUAUCAUCUAACACAACAAUUGAAACAAUGGUAAAUGAUAAAGUAAAGUAAGUGAAAUUAAGUUAAUUGUAAUUAAGAAAAGGGGUAAAAGUAACAACAAUCAGAAAGAAAAAGAACAAACCAGAAAACGAACAAUACUAGCGCCAUCUAUUGAAUUCGAAAUAAAGUUAAGGUUAAUUUUCUGUUGAUCGAUGUUGGUUUUUGUGGAAGAGACAUUCGUACGUAAUCUGCGUACGUAAAUAAUCAGAUUUAUUUAAAAGUAUUGAAAAAACUUGUGUUAAACAAGACAAUAGUUAAAAAACAAUAGUUAAAAAACAAUUGUUAAAAAUUAAAUUAAAUUAGUUAGGAAUCGAUAGAAUCGGAUACAAACAUCUGAUAAUAUCAAUUCCAUCUGGCGUAUGAAUAGACUUAAUCGGUUUUUGUUCGUUUAUUGUUUAUCUUUUCAGUUUCUCUUUUUUCUCUAUUAUAAUUAAUUAGCGAGGAAGACGAAAUGUUCCCCCUAGUGUAUUACGACGAAUGUCAACCUCAACAUGGUCUACAACAACUUCUGCCGCCGGAAUGCAACAUUGGAACCUGAGCCUUCACAUAAAAGAUGCACCAACUCCCGUUCAGCCCAAAGUCCAAAUUCACCCUCAUUUUUAAGUCCAUCUGAAAAAGCACCAGUUGAAGGAGGUUGAUCAUUUUCUACAACAGCUCUUCCGUUGGGCGCUUUGUCUCAUCACACAUGUUACAGUUUCCAUGAUGCUGAUUGUAAAGACGAUCAAAAAUGUAACCCAAGAAUGUUAUGAUGUUUGUACUAAAUCUGGAAUAUGUGGUAAAGGUGCUUUAUGCCGAUCAUUAAACUCCAAAGCCGAAUGUGAAUGUUUACCUGGACAUCGGGGAAAUCCUUAUGUUGAAUGUUCAAUUCGUGAUUACUGCUCAUUGCCCUCUGAUUGUCCAGGUAAUUUACUUUGCCUUGAGCAAUAUUGUGGUUGUCCUUAUCCAUACGAGCAGAGGUCAUCUUUCUGUGUCCUUUCAAGUCUUAAUUGUACCACAACGAAUCCCUGUCCAAAAGAUCAAACCUGCAUCUAUGAUGGUCAAGGUGAUAAAACUGGUUAUUGUGCUUGUCCAAAGGGUUUCAUGAUGACCCUUUAAGGUACUUGUCGGGAUUACAAUGAGUGCGAGGAAAAAGCUUUCCCAUGUGGGCCUGGUGCUAAGUGUAUGAAUAAACUUGGUUCAUACGAUUGUCGCUGUCCAACUGGUACUUUAGGUGAUCCAUUUGUCGCUGGUUGUUUAACUGAACAACGAUUGAAACAUUGUUUCCAUGAUUCUGAUUGUCCGGGUGAUCGUUCAUGUAUUGAAUUUGAAUGCGAUUCUUGUUUAACCUCUAACAAAUGUGGACAAAACGCCAUUUGUUACAUGGAGGGACAUCGACGAAAAUGUAAAUGUCGACCUGGUUUCUCUGGUAAUCCAGCGGAAAUUUGUCGACCCAUUGCCGAUUGUGUCACCUAUUCGGGUUGUCCAGGUAAUUUGGCCUGUCUUCGUGAUCAUCGGUGUGGUUGUCCUCUUGAAUUUAAUCGGGUUCUCGAUUAUUGUGUACGAUUUAUUAAUAGUUACAAUUGUUCAACAACCAAUCCAUGUCCAGAUAAUCAAGAAUGUAUCUAUUCGGGCACCGAAUCGGGUUUCUGUGUUUGCCCUCGAGGGUUUACCCUUCGUCCUGAUGGUGUUUGCGAUGAUAUCAACGAGUGUAACGAGAAAAAUAUCUGCGGUCCUCAUGCCUCUUGUGUUAAUCGACUUGGUACUUAUGAGUGUCGAUGUGCCGCUGGUUAUCAAGGUGAAGAUCCUUAUCGAGAUGGUUGUACCUUAAUGUCCAAAGAACCACCGGGAUGUUCAGGUGACCAAGAUUGUCUAUCAACCAAGAAAUGUGAUUUCUCUAAUGUUUCGAUCCUUGUACAACUCGAGAUGAAAAUCGUUGCGGUGCAAACGCACUUUGCUCAACAUCUAAUCACAUUGUCUCUUGUUCUUGUCCAUCUGGUUUCGAGGGUAAUCCAAAUAAACUGUGCUCAAUGAUUCAAGUAUUUUACAUGUAAAGACCAAUCUUUUUUUCUUUCUCCUUUGCUCUGUGAUGAUUACACCUAAUUCACGGCCAUUCACUAAUUCCUAUUAUUCUUUUUUUAUC